AUCAUCAGUGAAGAAAAUUAUGAUCUACAAAACGCUUUAUAAAAGUUGAUGUAUUGAAUCAAUAUUGCAUUACAUUAACGUGCUGUAUAGGGAUACUUAAAAACAUCUAACUGUUUAUCCAUAUUUAUAUAAGUAAAAAUAUCAAGAGAUAGUGUAUACUCAGCAUAUUACAUUAUUAUGAUCUGCUUGAAAUUACCUUUACAAAUUUACAAAAAAAGUAUAAUGGAUGCAUUACUUUUAAUUAUCCUGGUGUUUAUUUCUUCAGUGCAUGGAUCUUGUCCUGGUAGUUACUAUCAUUGUACCGGGUAUUCUUGGUGUUGUCCUUUAAGUUACAGUUGUACCGGUACAUCAAGUUGUUAUGCGCGCAGCUCAUCAUCACUAUCAUCCUCACCAUCAGGAGGGGCCAUUGCUGGUGGCAUUGUUGGAAGUAUAAUCCUUGCAGUAAUCAUAUUUUGGAUCUCAGCUACUAUGAAAUCAAAAACUGGAAAGGUUAGAAGAGUCAUAUAUCCAAAGAGAAUAACCAUCAGAGAAGCAACAGUACCAAAGAGACAACAACCGAGCUAUAGUAGUAGGCCUGCACACAGCACACAGCAAAAUGAAAUGACACUUCCGGGUUCUUAUGAACCUUUUAAUCCUCCUUUAUCUCAUCACAUAUAAAAAAAAGUUUUUGCUCCGAUAUUCUAUGUUCUAUGUAUAUUCUGUGUUAACUGCAAGGUCAUUUGAAGUUCAAUAUUUGUAUUUAUUAAUUUUGAAGAUUAAUUCCAAUGAAUAUAACGAAUCGAAUGAAAAUUGAUAAAAAUUUAUUUUGUGUUUUACUAUUCUUCAUCUUCAUUUUCCUAUACUAUAAAGUUUGUUCUACGUUCACAUAUGUAAUAAUUAUCUAGACAGUUUAUUCAAUUUCAUUUUUAUCAUUGUUAAAUAAAAUGAUCAUAGCAC